AGACAGAGCACGGAAUAUGAAAAUAUCAGCAAUAAAGUACGCGAAGCCACUCAGUCGCCUGUUAAUGUUCAUGGGCUAAUAGCGCACAGAAAUGGCAAAGAACUCUCCCCUGGCUGGGACGGCGUCACCGUCAGUGCAUCAGUUUAUGAUCAAAUAAAGCAGCGGUAGGACUUGGCUUAAAUCACAUUACGCCGUUGAGAUGCCGUGGCCUUUGGUCUGGCUUGGGCAGUCGUCUGGUAGUGUGGAUUAUGGUUUAUGAUGAAUUUCUUAUACCGUUUCGGUGUCUCUAUUCUUUUCGGGUCUGAUUACUGUGGUGAGCGAAUCAGCAGGGUUCGUCAAGGUUGGAAUACGACUAGCCUUUUGGGGUUUGGCGACUUCGUCUUUCUAAUCUUCUACUGGCCUUGUAUGGUAGCGCGCAUACCAAUCUGUUUUCUGAUCUUUGACUAGUAGUUUUCACACAUCGGAUAGCAUAUUUUGAGGACAAUACAAAUGG